GUUGAAGGAGAAUUUCGAUUACACGCUGGAGAGAAAGGAAAAGAAAAUAAAUUCCCUAUUAAAAGAGUUAGAAGAGUCGGAGAAGCAGCAUUUGAUUGUGUUACAGGCACACGUCGAAGAUGUCGACAGGAAAAUCACAUUUGGUGCCAAAAGAGUGGCUGAAAAGUUUGAGAGCUACGAGGGGCAGAGAGAAAAGCUGCUGGAAAUAUCGAAAUCGGAGGCCGAGCAGGAAAAACGACGGAGUGACAAAGCUCUUCAAUUUCUAAACGCAGUUCUUUUCGCAACCGAGCGCAACGCAGAUUCUAUCAAGAAGGGAAUCAACGACAGAGCCAAUACCAGAAGAACCAAUACUAUUCAUUCAUACAUGGAGGAGAUUCAAACGCUGCAAUUGCGACUACAAAGUCACCACGACCAGAUGAAGGAGCAGCUGACGAGCGUCUUUAAUGCGUACAACGCGGCCACACUGGACCACAGACGCAUGUACGAGGAGAUGAAAGACCGUGACGCCGAGAACCUCAAGGUCAUCGAGCACCAGUCCGGCGUCAUUGCCAAUUUACAGGUGGACAUAGAAAAACUGCAGAGAGUGCUUUCCAACACAGACCUGACGCCGCGCACUCAGAAACUGCAAAAUCUGGAGAAAGAGCUGUCCGUCGACUGCUGGAGACAGCGCAAGAGACAGCAGAACGCAACCAAAAUCGACGAGAUGACCAUGAAAAGCAUUACGCUCACGGGUCAAAAGGUUGUUGAGCACCUCGAAAAACUCGUGCGCAAAGGAGAAAGCAUUUUAAAGCUGUCCAAUAUUUGCUAUAAAUUGGAAACAGAGGAGGAACGGACCAUAGUCGGGGAAAAGCCCAGCGUGUUCAUCGAGGACGAAGAAGAGCUGGUCGACACCGAGCUGGAGGCUGGAGAAAAUUUCAUGGUCGACGAUCCAUCGCUGGAAGUGUUUUGGAGACGACACUGCAAGGUCUUGUUGAGCAGGGUGGCACUAAGAAUGCACCAGGAGUCACUCACGGGCGAAAAUAACAAAAUGCGCAACUCGCUGAAGCAUUACUUGACUGGCGCCUCGCUCGCCUCCUCGAGCCAACUAAUGCUGUCCAAACAGAUCAGAGGACGCAGAAUUCCAGUUGGCACCCAAGAUUGACACGUCUCAAGGGCCGCGGAUUGAAAUCAAAUUUUGUUU